UACAUGUUACGGAUACGAACUCGAGCGCGCGCACAACCCUACAACCACCCGACGUCAUCCUCGAGAUCGUUCCCGGCGCCGGUAACCUCACCAAGAAGCUCCUGGGCGCCGGCAGCCCGCUCUCGCCGCCGAAUUGGACCCUCGCAUGGUUCUCGACCUCCAGCGCCGGUUCUAGGCCACGCCUCACUCGAAUCGUUUGAAGGACUCCGUUGUGAUCUACCAAUAGAAGGGCAUAUCUGCCCUUGCAGGUUUCUUGGCCUCCGACAACAAGAGAUGCAGCACGAUGAGGUUAUCUGGCAAGUCAUACGGCACAACCAUUGUAGUUAUAUGGCCAAGAUUACCACUGGAAUAUUUUGUCGAAAUGAAUACAAUGUAACAGGGAUUUGUAAUAGGAGCUCCUGCCCUCUAGCUAACAGCCGCUAUGCUACUAUCCGUGACCAUGACGGUGUCUUUUACUUGUAUAUGAAAUCAAUAGAAAGGGCUCACAUGCCUGACAAAUUGUGGGAAAGAGUGAAACUGCCGAGAAAUUAUGAGAAGGCCCUUGAGAUUAUUGAUAAGCAUCUGAUGUAUUGGCCGAAGUUUCUUGUUCAUAAGACCAAGCAAAGGUUGACCAAAAUGACUCAAAUGCGCAUCCGAAUGAGGAAGCUUGCUCUGAAAACUAGGGAAAAGAUUAUGACAACACCGAGGAAAGAAAAGAAGAGAGAGGCUAGACGGGAGGAAAAAGCAGAAAAGGCGGCAGUUUUGGAAAAGAUUAUGACGACACCGAGGAAAGAAAAGAAGAGAGAGGCUAGAACGGAGGAAAAGGCAGAAAAGGCGGCAGUUUUGGAAAAGAGAAUUGAGAAAGAGCUAUUAGAACGCCUAAGGAAAGGAGUGUAUGGUGAUAUCUACAAUUACCCCGUCAAAGAGUACAAGAAAAUCCUUGAGAUGGAUUCGAUGCAGGCUGCCGAUGAAGAUGAAGAGGAGGAACCUGAGAUAGAGUAUGUGGAAGGUUACGAUGAACUAGAUGAAGAACUAGAAGAUGAUAUUGAAGAUUUUGGCGGUCUUGCAAUGAAUAGAGUUCGUGCAAUUGGUGACAGUGGCGAAGAUGAAGACGGCGACGGUGAUGAAGAUGACGAUGCAGAAACUGAUCGGAAGAGGGGAAGAAAGGAAUCCUCCUUGGCUUUAAGUAAAGUUGAGAAAGGUGAUACUGGUUGUAAGCCCAAGAAAAGAGCUAAGGUUCUCGUUGAGAUUGAGCAUGAGAAUGCUGAUGAAAGACAAACUGCAGUUCACUGAGGUGAGGCCUUGCUCUGAUCCGUUUUGCUUUGUUUGGCCGGGUAAGCUAGAUGGGGGCGGCUGUCUCGGCUUUGGAAGUGUGUAUCAUGCUUUUCACGGUAGCACAGAAAACGUCACCACAAAGUUUUGACAGAAAUUAACCGCAGUUCUGGUUAAUAUUGUAUCUAUCUUCUGCUUUUUCCCGACACUCCCGUUGUCUUUGUAAGAAAGGUUGUAAUCGGUUGUGAGCAGAGAACCAGCAUCCAAUGGAUGCAUGUUGCAGCAAUAGUUUCCUACUGACCUAUGUUUUUGCCCUUGGCUUCAAUAGAUGGGUUGAGAACUAUGUUGUUACAUUAUGUGAAAUGACUUAUUUAAUCUAUUAUUUACGUUGAAAUAGUUGGAAGUUUAUCAACCUAUAUAAAUUUGAAUAUGGAAUGAUAUAUUUGUCUUCA